AUGUCAUUCCUAAGGAUUGGGGCCACUAUUCCAGAGUAUAGUCAUAUACUCAGCUUCAGACGUCAAGUAUACAUAGCUCCCACCGAAAGUACCAUACCAGAAUCCUUGGUGAUUAGUCAUGAAGGGUUGUCAUAUCGCAUAUUCUUAUCAUUGGACAGCCAAAAAUGUUUCAAGUGCAACCAAUCAGGACACAUAGCCAACAAUUGCAGAUCUACAUCCCAACCAUCGACCUCAAACAUGGAUGAUACCGUCCUUCCCUCAUCCUCAGUAAAACCCAAUAAUAACAUGUCUAGCAGUAUUCAACUGGAACCCACUAUCACACAGGCAGCCGAAGUUCGACAGACACAACUGCCAAUCUUAACUGAAGAAUCUCCUAACAGACAGACCAUAUCCACUCCACAACCAAUAUUGAGUCAAAGCAAAGAACUUAACAUAGAAAUGCCACCUACUCCAUCCGUAGCAACCACCGACGAUGGCAGCAACACAGGCAAAAGAAGUUUUUCAACAAUUGUUACCCCAACAUCAGAUGUUGAAACCUCAUCAACUCCAACCUCCGGACCGACCUUUAUAAAGCCAGCUAAAGCAUCAUUACAAUCUCCCAUGUCAUUCCUAAGGAUUGGGGCCACUAUUCCAGAGUAUAGUCAUAUACUCAGCUUCAGACGUCAAGUAUACAUAGCUCCCACCGAAAGUACCAUACCAGAAUCCUUGGUGAUUAGUCAUGAAGGGUUGUCAUAUCGCAUAUUCUUAUCAUUGGACAGCCAAAAAUGUUUCAAGUGCAACCAAUCAGGACACAUAGCCAACAAUUGCAGAUCUACAUCCCAACCAUCGACCUCAAACAUGGAUGAUACCGUCCUUCCCUCAUCCUCAGUAAAACCCAAUAAUAACAUGUCUAGCAGUAUUCAACUGGAACCCACUAUCACACAGGCAGCCGAAGUUCGACAGACACAACUGCCAAUCUUAACUGAAGAAUCUCCUAACAGACAGACCAUAUCCACUCCACAACCAAUAUUGAGUCAAAGCAAAGAACUUAACAUAGAAAUGCCACCUACUCCAUCCGUAGCAACCACCGACCAUGCCAGCAACACAGGCAAAAGAAGUUUUUCAACAAUUGUUACCCCAACAUCAGAUGUUGAAACCUCAUCAACUCCAACCUCCGGACCGACCUUUAUAAAGCCAGCUAAAGCAUCAGUGAAAAAACCAAAAAUAGACUCCCAGCAAGCAGUUAUUUCAGAUCAAGCCUACGAACCAGCCAAACGUUUUAUAGACACAAACCAAGACCUUCUAGUAUUAAAUUCUAUCCAGAUGAAAAGUCUCUUAGAAAAUGUGCACGGAACCCAGAACGUUAUAUCAGUAGUAAACGAAUACACCUAA